CUCAUUGCUUAUUUCAGGAAACAUGGCCUCGACUAAGACCUGGGCUGCGCCACUCAUCCUUCUCCUGCUCCUUUGCUCUGUCAGCUUAGAGUUCGCAGCUGCAAACGCAGAUGAUGUGGAGCCGAAAGUUGAAGACCCAGAAGGGAAGGUGCCCAAGACUGUGAGGUGCAGGAAUAAGAAGUUCCCGACUUGCUACUGGAUCCCUUUCACCUGCCCCACUGCCUGCCCCAGAUCUUGCAAAGUAGAUUGUGAAAUAUGCAAGCCUGUUUGCCAUUGUAAUAAGCCUGGAGCCAUCUGCAAUGAUCCCCAAUUCGUGGGUGGUGAUGGCAUCACCUUCUACUUCCACGGCAAGAAGGACAAGGACUUCUGCUUGGUCACCGAUACCAACCUCCACAUCAACGGCCACUUCAUCGGCAGGAGAGGCGAUGGCAUGAAGCGCGACUUCACUUGGGUUCAAUCCAUUGGCGUCCUCUUCGGCACUCACAAACUCUUCCUUGGCGCCAAGAAGGUCGCUCAAUGGGACGAUGCGGUUGAUCAACUGGCCAUUGCAUUCGACGGCGAGCCCGUCUCUCUUGCCAUCACAGAGAACGCCGAAUGGACGGCCGCCGACUCUUCCCUCACCAUCACUCGCUCCGGCUCAACCACCAAUGAAGUGGUGUUGCAGGCACCCAACAACUUCAAGAUCGCGGCCAAGGUGGUUCCCAUCACCAAGCAGGACUCCAUGGUCCAUCGCUACGGCAUCAGAGACGACGACUGCUUCGCUCACCUCGAUUUGGGCUUCAGGUUCUACGCUCUCACUGGCAGCGUGAGCGGCGUGCUGGGCCAGACCUACGCGGAUAACUACGAGAGCCGAGCCAAGAUUGGCCUGAAGAUGCCUGUCUUGGGCGGCGAUCGCGAGUUCGCGUCGUCGGGACUCUUCACCACCGACUGCGCCGUGGCGAGGUUCAGGGGAGUCGUGCCGAGCAGCGUGGAGGGUGCGGUAGUGAGCGAUGAUGGGGAUUUGAAGUGCAAGACUGGCUUCAAUGGCCGUGGCAUGAUCUGCAAGAAGUGAAGAAAAUCACCAUCCGAUAGCUAAAGUAAAGCAGUCCUUUGGAUAACGUGUUUGCUUUGGUUCUUGCAUGUCGAAAUAAACAGGAAGGGGGGAGAAUGCCGCCGGGGAAACUCCUAUGGCGCCUUUCCUGAUUGUCUGUGUGUUUCCUUCGUCUUCUUUAAUUUUUCUUUUCCAACCGUUGGUUUGUUGUCAAAAAGAUCAGAGUGCAGCUUCUGUGGACUCUCCCCACUUUGGGUUUCACAG